CUGCUGUUGUUACUUCCUGUUUUGGAAAGGCUCCUUCUCUGUCGUCUUCUGUCUCCUCCGUCCCCUGUGUCUUUGUUUGACAACAAUAUCCUGUCUUUGUCCGUGUCCCCUACUCUCUCCUCCACACACGGACAUACACGCUCAACGUCCGUCUCCAACAGACCUACCAGGAGGAUCUGGACCCAGUGACCGGGACAGAGAGCAGGGAGCCGGGCUGAGGUCUCUGCAGCAGCCGUUGUGUGUCUGGUUCUUCAGCUUGACUUGACUUUCUAACUCCGCUGGUGCUAAUGCUACGGGCACUCUGCUAAUUAGCCUUCGCUGCUAUUCCCGGUUUGUUAACCCGAGUCACAGUCAUUGCCUGAUGCUUCAAAGCUAAAACAGCUAAUUAACGCAGCAGCUAAACCGGGAUUAUACGAAGUUUUAAUCUGGCAUUAUAUGUAGCAUAACCGGGUUUACAUUUAGAUUCAACCCGGGUGCACACGGAGUUCACAGUCGUUUUAAUGGAGCUUUGAACUGAGUUAACGUGUAGAUUUGACUCAGGUUCACACAAAGUUUUAACCGACUAAACUCAGGUGUGGUACUUUUCAUAUCUUUGGUUGUAUCUUUGGUGUGUUUAAAUGUGGCUUGGUCUGGUUUGACAGGGAUAACUCACUCUUUUGGUACAGUUUUAAGUCUAGUCUGGUUUUAAUUCUGAAGAAUGUGUUGAUUGUAAUUAACCUUUAACUAGGUUUAAAUCCAGACUGCUAUUAAACUUGGGUUACUGCUCUGUUUUUGGAUAUGUUUUGGCUUCUGUCACUGUGAAGUCAGCACUCUCGGACUGGUUUGGUCAACAUGAGUAAAUGGUCUGAAAAUAGUGCUGUUAAGGGGAAUACAUAUGUAGUUUGUCCUGGCUUUGGUAAGGGUCCAGAAGCAGGGAGUACAAGUCUAACAUUGAGUCUGGAUCAUAAGUGUCCUUAUUUAUCUCAGGUUUACAGUCAGAUUUUGCUUGACUUUGGUUUAAACAGCUUUUGAAUGCAGUUUGGCUUUAGUCUCUGUUUUAGACCUGGAUUAAAUGUAGUUGGACCUGGUCUUUCCUGUCUCUGUGACCUUUUCGCUCUCAUGGUCUGAUGCAAUUACUCCAGGUCUAAUUAAGGUUUAGCUCAUGAUGGCAGACCUACACCAGACUCCCACUUCACUCUGCUGCUGCCGUAAAUCCCCACCAGUCUCUGUGCCUCACUGUGUUGGGGACUCUAGUCAGCCCUCAGCAGGUCCCGGGUCUCCACGGUGCCCCCUGGUGGAUGUGGCCUCAGCAUCUAAUUUCAGAUGCUUCCAGCUGCAACACUUCCACUUAGACCUGCGGCUGAACUUUGCUGUGAAGGAGAUGAGCGGCUGGCUGGUUCUGGAUCUGAUCCCAGUCCAGCCAGGGGUCCACACCCUAGUCUUGGACUCCCACCCAUCUCUGUUAAUCCACUCUAUAGACUGUAAGGCCCCAGGGUCAGGACAGGUGGAUCCUGUCUCUCUCACAUAUCGUGUUGAUCCCUUUACUGAUUAUGGAUCAUCGCUCAACAUCAGCUUGCCAACCACCGCUGUAAAACCAGGUCGACUGAUCCAGAUCACAGUCCGAUACACCACCACUGAUGGGCCAGCGAUCUGGUGGCUGGACUCAGAGCUGACCUGUGGUCAGUCUCGGCCUCUUGUCUUCACGCAGGGUCACUCCGUGUGUAACCGCUCCUUCUUCCCAUGUUUCGACACACCUGCUGUCAAGAGCACGUACACAGCUACUAUCAGGGUCCCGGAGGGAGUUACCGUUCUGAUGAGUGCGUCUAGGAGCUCCUACUCCAAACCUGACCGGGUCUUCCAGUUCUCCAUGGAGUCUCCAGUUCCAUCUUACCUGGUGGCAUUGGUGGCGGGGGAGCUGCAGCACGUCGAUGUCGGCCCGAGGAGUCGAGUGUGGGCGGAGCCAUGUUUGUUGUCAUGUGCAGUGAAGAAGCUGGGUGACAAUGUGGAGCGCUGGCUGGUCGUAGCCGAGGAGCUGUUUGGCCCGUACCUGUGGGGCAGGUGUGACAUUGUGUUCCUACCCCCGUCCUUCCCUAUCGUUGCCAUGGAGAACCCCUGCCUCACCUUCAUCAUUGCCUCCAUCCUGGAGAGCAGCGAGUUUCUCCUGAUUGACGUCAUCCAUGAGAUCGCACACAGCUGGUUUGGGAACGCCGUCACCAACGCAACGUGGGAGGAAAUGUGGCUGAGUGAAGGACUAGCAACGUACGCACAGAGGAGGAUCACAACGGAGGCAUACGGUGAGUCAUUCACCUGUCUGGAGACUGUCGUGAGAUUGGACGCCCUCCACAGACAGCUGCGUCUCCUUGGAGACAACAACCCUGUGAGCAAACUGCAGGUCAAGUUUGAGUCAGGUGUAAACCCGAGCUCUCUGAUGAACCUCUUUACCUAUGAGAAAGGUUUCUGCUUCGUAUCGUAUUUGUCACAGCUGAGUGGAGACACACGGCGCUUUGACCGCUUCCUCAGGGAUUACAUCUCUCAGUUCAAGUUUAAAAGUGUUGUUGCUCAGGACCUCAUCGACUACUUCCUGGAUUAUUUCCCAGAGCUGCAGGAUGCUGCUCACCGAGAAGGCCAGGAGUUUGAGCGGUGGCUCAGCGGCUGUGGACCGCCUCUGUAUGAACCAGACCUGUCAGCAGGGGGCACUCUGAUCCACCCAGUCCAGGAUCUGUGUGACCUAUGGAGGAGCAGUGAUCCCCCUGACUUGCAGUCCUUGAUGACCUUUGAUCUCUCAGCCUGGAACACCUUCCAGAUUGUCCUAUUCCUCGACCGCAUGUUGGACCACUCUCCUCAGCCCCCAGAUGUGAUGCAGCAUCUCUCGUCCUCUUACUCGUCCCUAUUUGAUGACCUAAAUGCUGAGGUUCAGAUCCGGUGGCUUCAGCUGAUCGUCAGAAAUUCGUUCUACCCCGACCUGCAACGAGUCCGAGUCUUUCUGCACAAACACACAUCCAGAAUGUACACGGUGCCACUGUACGAGGACAUGGUCGCCGGGGUGAUGAAGUGUGUUGCCGUGGAGAUUUUCUACCAGACUCAACGCCGUCUUCAUCCAAACCUCAGACGGACAUUACAGCAGAUCCUGUUCCAGACCAGCUCUGCUCCUGCCAAUCAAAAUGGCCCACCUCAAUCCAUGAUUGCUACCUCCACUGCCAGCUCCACUCCACCGCUGUCACAGCCUGCUGCCACGGCAACUGCUUCUGCUGCUGCUGCUGGGACGACUGCUGCCAUCGCUUUGAGGAAUGUAAACGUGUCGGCGUAAUGAUUCAGGCCGCGAUUGGCCUGUCAGUCGCAUGUGAUGUCACAACCAGAUGUUCACUCCACAGAUAUUCAGGUUCAGGAGUUGGAGAUCAUAGUGUGUGGUGACUGUACUCUCUCCACCUGAUCCUGAUUUGACCCUCUAAUGUGAUGGGUGUGGUUGUCAUGGAAAGAGGUGAAGCUUAAGACUGUUGAGCAAUGGACGGUUCCAUGUUUCUCAACAUGAAGAAACUGCCUACUACAACGCCUAGUGUGCAUUUCAGAAAUCCUUGUCCAAUCAUAGAGCUCCGCACUCUUUAACCUUUAACUUGGACUGACCCUUAACACACCAUUACACCUGUAAUUCGUCAUUUGACCAGUAAGUAGAAACCCGCAGACAUCACCUGAGUGGCCUUCAUGCUGCUGGCACUGCAGCUUGUAACCGACAUGUUCAGACAGUCCCUGAACUCACCAGCAAUAAACAUUUACCUCAGACUGUAGCUGAUUUGAACCAAUCACUGAUCAAUGUCUGGCCGUUAUCACUGUCACAAGAAAAAAACAAUUUCAACUUUAUUUAAAGGUUGUUUACAUUUAAAAGCAACAGAUUUCAAGCAUAAACAUCCAGCUGAUCCUUAACGCCUCAUCACAAGUCAACACAUUUUUGAAUAAAGAUUUGAAAAAAACUUUUUAUGAUUCCUCGGUUUGAUGCACUUUAUUAAAGUCAAUAUUUAAAUAGUUUUUGUUUUUACAUUUUUUUAAUGAAUAUAUAAAUGUUAACAUGUUUGAUUUUAUUUCACAACAUGUCUGAACAUCUGUUUUGCAAUAAAUCUUUGUUUGAUGAUC